AUGACGUCAAGUCUGCAGAGUGUGCUGUACGCGUCAGUGGAAGACCGUGAUCAGAUUCGCGAUUCGCUUCGUUUGCAGCUUAGCAUCAGCGACAAGCCUGUCAUCAACAGUCCACACCCGAAUCGUGUCGCAGCGCUGAAUGAUGCAGCGUCCCGCGUUGCGACAACACCCGCAGACGCUGCGCGGCUAGAGGAACUGAUGCUCUUGGAAGCUAUCCGACGGUCGAUGCAAGAUAUUAGCGUCGAAAAAAACGACGAGGAACGAGGGGAAUGGCAGAAUGUUCAGCUACCUAACAACGUGAGCGUAAAUUCCCGAGAUGUGCUACACUAUCCCUCCAGCUCAUUCACAUCCCACUACCGCAAUAAUGCUGCGCCCCCAAUACAAUCGUCUAACACACCCAGUUGGUAUUGCGGCGGCGAUUGA